UACGAUUGCCAUUCCUUGCGGCUGGUCUGGUCAAUUCAGCCGUUUCCGUGUUACUCGCCCAGCUAUCUACACGAUUUUUCGAACUUGCCUUGCUCGAUGUGCAAUCGAACCAGAUCAGCAAACGUGUUGAAACGUCAAACCCAGUUAGUAUCAACCGUUCGGUGGGCGAUACAGAUGAGACAGUUUUGGCCAAAUCAAGUCCGGGAAAAUUGGANCUCAGUGGAUUUCAUGCAUCGGUACUAUUGCAGUCAUCCCGGUUGUGGGAAAGUGUUUUUCAGUCGAAGCAGUUUUGUGCAUCAUAAAGAAAGUCACGGAGUGGUCAAGCUGUUUCGUUGUUCAUUCACCGGUUGCAAUAUGAGUUUCGCCAAUCAGGCAUUGCUAUUGGCUCAUCUGUACACACACGAUCCCUCUCGAUUGCGCAAUCAAUACGCGUGUGACUAUCCGGAAUGUGGAAAAGUAUUUAUUUGUCACGAUCGUCUCCUGGAACACAUCCGUAUCCAUACCGGUGAGCGUCCGUACGUGUGUGACUAUCCCGGAUGUUCGUAUCGUUUUGCACGUCGUGGCAACCUGUUUGCACACAAACGUGUCCAUCUGGAUAAGACUCAGCGUCGUCAAUACCACUGCAUUCAACCCGGUUGUGGUAAGACAUUUUUGUACAUGCGCAGCUUGACAGAACAUAUGAAUGUGCACAUGGGCGAGAGACCGUACGCUUGUGAUUUUCCAAAUUGUGGUAAACGAUUCACCAGCAAUAGUUACUUACAUGCUCAUCGGCGCAUUCAUUUGCGUUCUCCCUCGACCAGUAGCUAUCAUUUAACUGAGGACAGUGGUUUCAAUUUGGCACCUGUCCCUAUCACUUCAGCCAGUCGGACACUUUUAACAUGUCUUAUCCUUGCUAUCCCGAUCACCCCAUAUAACCGCAUACUGCAAACGCAUUUUCUGUUUAUUCUGGUAUCCUUAACUAGUACCCCCGCCAGUCAUUCUUCUGACUUGUUUACUGUUUCUCUCUCCCUCUCCCCCCCCCCCUCUGAUCUAUUCCCAAACACUCACUUGCGCCAUGUGAUGUAUAUAUAUAUAUACAUAGUGUUUACAUACAUUCACAAUUUUGUUUGUUUUCACAUUGGACUUUCGUGA